AUGGCGGACGAGACAAAGACGGGCAAGACGGACCGCCCGAAAACCCCGGUGUUGGACGUGCCGCAGGGAGACCGCACGUCGGGGAGGACGGCGUCUCCUGCCCGGCUUUCGACGGAGCUCGCGCUGAAGGUCCAGACGCAGAUGGGCCAGAUCGCGACGCUCAGGGAGCUCACCGAGGCGCUGCCGGAUGUCCCGGCGCAGACAUCGCUCGAGGAGGUCUCGCAGUUCCAACUGCUGAUUGAGGAGACGCACAAGGCGUUCAUCAAAGAACACGCCUACUUUGAGGUCUCAUGGCCAUCGGCGCUCAUUCACCAUGAGUAUUUCGCGGAGAAUGCUCACCAAGAAGAGUCGCUGUGCUACAUGCAGGCGCGACGGGUCAUAGGCGUGCUUCGCCACGCAUUGACAGCUCAGGCCGCUCAACCACAGACCAGUUCAUCGGCCGGCGAGACUCGACAGACAUUCUCACGCUUGCCGGACAUCACACUCCCCAAGUUCACCGGGGAGUAUGCCGCGUGGCCUACUUUUAGAGAUCUCUUUACCAGCCUGAUCAUUUCCAACGAUCAACUCACGAACGUGGAGAGACUUCAUUACCUCCGUUCAUCGGUGGAAGGCGCGCCAGUUCAGCUGAUAGCAGGUUUCUCAAUGGCCGGAGAUUCGCUCACGCCGUCCUGGGAGCUACUCAAGGACAGGUACGAAAACAAGCGCCUGCUCAUUCAUGCCUGCCUUGAUAAAAUUUUCGCCAGCUCAACCCAGGUGCCAAGGAAGGCGGCGUCCUUGGAUCGACUUGUCUCGGGACGAGUCAAAGAGGCGCUCAAGGGACUGGAGGCCCUCGAGGUUACGGACAAGCUCGGGGACUGCGCUGUGGUGUACCACGUCACGCGACUCCUGGACCGCGUGACACGCGAACAGUGGAAGAACGCUGUUGGCGCCACACGUGACUAUCCCACGUUCGAGAGGCUAGAAGAGUUUCUGACGACUCGAAUACGGGCGCUCGAGCGGAUAGAGACUACGACGGCUCAUCCGGGUCCCAGCUCAGCAUCUUCACCGCCGAAGAAGACGGCUGCUCAUCAGUCUACUCAUCAGGGCGACACAUCCUAUCCGUGUGACUGCUGCGGCGCGCAGCAUUUCAUAGUUAUGUGCGGAAAAUUCCGGGAACUCUCAUCAUCAGAGCGGCACACGGUGGCGAUAAAUAAGCGGUUGUGCUUCAAUUGCCUGGGGCGUCAUAGUGUGCGCGCAUGCAAGUCUCAACGAGGCUGUAAGACCUGCUCAGGGCGGCACCAUACAAUGCUGCACGGCACACAGACAACCGCAUCGCCAGCUCAGAAGUCCGCCUUGGCACUGGUCAGCUCAUCGUCAACGCAUCACUCAGCGCGUCUGCUCAUUGACGCAGGAUCCGAACUCACCUUCGUCACGGAGAAUCUCAUUCGGCAGCUCAACAUCCCUCGUCAAUACUCAGGUAUUGUCGUCACUGGAAUUGCAGGCAAGGAGUGUACUCGGACACGAGGAGUCGUGUCACUCACGUUACGCUCGACACAUUCCAACGCAGCUGCCACAAUUCAAGCUCAUGUCCUCCGGACAGUUACAUCAAUCUUACCAUCGUUCGAGGCGGAACCGGAAGAAUGGCCGCAUCUCAGGAACUUGGCAUUAGCCGAUCCUGAUUUUCUCAUCCCGCGGCCAGUUGACAUCCUCAUCGGCGCAGACGCUUACGGGCAGAUCAUCAAGCCCAAUAUCAUUCGGCAUUCUCCACUCAUGCCGAUAGCGCAACUCUUCAUUUUCGGAUGGCUCGUUCUUGGACCAGUCAAUAGAGAAGCAACACGCACAUCAACGCACCAUGCUUCUACUCAAAUCAACGAGGAUGCUCUCAACGAGUUACUGACAAAAUUUUGGGUUCAAGAGGAGGUGCCUACUCACGAUGUCAACCAAUUCACCCCUGACGAGCAGAGGUGCGAAGAGCACUUCAAGGCUACACACUCUCGUGAUUCAUCAGGGAGGUACGUCGUCAGGAUUCCACUCAAAUCACCAGUAGAUCUUCUGGGUGAUUCUUACCACGUUGCCCAUCAGUGCCUCAAGGGAUUACGCAGACGAUUCUCAAGGGAUGUGAAUUAUCAACGGCUCUAUCAACAGUUCAUGAUGGAUUACGAGACACUCAACCACACGACGAAGGCAUCAUCCAUCUCCAGUUGUCGCUCGCACUUCUACCUGUCGCAUCACGGUGUUCUCAAGCCUGACAGUACAACAACAAAGCUGCGGGUCGUAUUUAAUGGCUCCAGCGCAUCCACAUCGGGCUACUCUGCUAACGACCUCAUGUAUACGGGAGCGAAGUUGCAUCUGAAUAUCUCAGAUGUUCUCCUCUGGAUACGAAGACACCGUCACAUUUUCGCUACGGACAUCACCAAAAUGUACAGGCAGAUCAAAAUUCACAAGGAUGACUGGGAGUUGCAACGGAUACUCUGGAUGGACGAUCAACUCAAUGAAGUGCCAUAUCACCUGACAACAGUCACCUACGGGACAAAGGCCGCACCGUUCUUGGCCGUCAGGACGCUGUUACAACUAGCAGAGGACGAAGGACAUAAAUAA